CCUAAUAGCAAUCCGUCGACUGGACCAACGAAGUCGUUGGAAUUGACUUUACACAAGUCUGUUCUUUCAACCGCUGAGGCAUGGCUCAGAAAGAGGACGAAUAGGUUGCGGGUGUGCGACGACGUCGUUCUAAAUCAAAAUCGCCGAGCCCAAAAGCACCCUGCAGUCGUUAUGGCCCUUCUGCAUCACCCUUCCAGGUGUUGGCUCAGAGAUUGGAGAAAGUACGCACUUUCCUCUUCCCCAAUUCUACUUCAAAAUCAUCGACGAAUUUUCUGCCCGAAGAUGUCGUCGGACUCGUCUUCUCUCACUCACUUCAUCACGUUGCCCAAUCAACUCGCCGAUCCCGUUACUGUUGAUGCGGCCCCUGGAAUUUCUGCUUCUGAGUUCAGGAAAGCUAUUGAUUCCUCGUUGUUCAAGCAAUGGCUGAAGAAUAUGCAGAGUGAAGCUGGGGUAUUGUCUAAUGGAGCUAUGUCUUUGGAACGUGUGCUUAUUCAGGGAGUGGAUAUGUUUGGAAACCGCAUUGGAUUUCUCAAGUUCAAAGCAGAUAUUCUUGAUAAGGAGACGGGGAAAAAGGUUCCUGGCAUUGUGUUUGCAAGAGGACCAGCUGUAGCUGUGCUGAUCCUUUUGGACUCAGAGGGCGAAAUUUACACUGUUCUUACAGAACAGGUUAGGGUCCCUGUUGGGAAGCGUAUCUUGGAAUUGCCAGCUGGAAUGUUGGAAAAUGACAGAGGUGAUUUUAUUGGCACAGCAGCUCGUGAGGUAGAAGAGGAGACUGGUAUACACUUAAAUCUACAAGACAUGGUUGACCUCACGGCCUUCUUGGACCCAUCAACUGGAUGCAGACUUUUUCCUUCACCGGGUGGGUGCGAUGAGGAAAUUAGCCUGUUUCUAUACAAAGGAAGUGUAAGCAAAGAGACUAUCACACAGCUGCAAGGAAAAAAAACAGGUCUUCGAGAACGUGGUGAGCUGAUUAAGGUGCAUGUAGUUCCCUAUGAGAAAUUGUGGCGUGUCACAGCUGAUGCCAAGACUCUGUCAGCAAUUGCCCUGUAUGAGAUGGCCAAGAGAGAAGGGUUAUUGCCUCCAGCAGGCUAAUGUUCUGCCUUAUCUAAUCACUGAAUCCUUACGCUCAAGUGGGGUCCAUCAUCAAAUGGGUGGCCCAUUUAUGCUGUGAGCGAAUUUUUCUGCUGUAUAAAGUUGGUUUGAUCAGUUGCUUACCCUUACGUUGGAGCGUAUAAAGAGUCUGAGCUUUACUUGCCAUUGUGGUCUUUGUUUCUAGGUGUAACUCAUUUGGUAAGCAACCUAAAUCAGGGCUUUACAUCAGGCUAAAUCAGGACAUUAUCUAUCCCUACUUGUAUCAGUUGUUUGUAAUGUUUUCACAACUAGAUUGAUUGAUCAUUGAAUUAGAAAAAUUAUUGAUUCAUAGUU